AUGGCAGGCUUCUUCUAUGUAGGUGGACCAGAAGGAGAAGACAAAGAGGAAAACCUGAAUCCGUACAGAAGCGAGGAGAUGUGCAACAAAGGGUUUGAGAUAUGGCCACAGUAUGACGAGUCGUCUUCAAGAGCAACAGUAGGGUUUACAAAUACGAGACAAGGAGGAGUCAUCAGCUGCCAGGAUUGUGGAAACCAGGCCAAGAAAGACUGUCCCCAUUUCAGAUGCCGGACUUGUUGCAGAAGCCGAGGGUUCCACUGCCAAACUCAUGUUAAAAGUACUUGGAUUCCUGCUGGUACAAGGCGAGAGAAGCAACAACAACGGCAAAAUGAACACCAACGAGAGAAUCAAGGGUUGGAACUGUAUAAUUUCCCUCCUGAAGUGAGCUAUCCAGCAGACUUCCGCUGUGUAAAAGUAAACGCUGUGGACGAUUUAGAUGAGAAUCAGUACGCUUAUCAAACGGCUGUGAACAUCGCCGGGCAUGUAUUCAAGGGAAUCCUUUACGAUCAAGGCCCCGAAACCCGUGGUGGCGAAAGAUCUCAGCAACAAAAUCCUGAAUCAACUAUGCUUGACCCUUUCAAUGCCGGUAUGCAGUUCUUCCCACCAGCAAGCCCUUGA